AUGAUAGCCCUCACGAUUUUCGACUUCGACGGCACCCUAUUCGACACACAUGAAUCCAUCUCCCGAACCAUAAAGCUCACCUUUGAUGCCCUCCUUCCCACCCAAAGCCCUCCCCGAUCCGAAAUCUACCGCCUUAUCGCCAGCGGAGCCGGUCUAGCCGAUACCUUCAAAGCCCUACAUCCCUCCCCUGUCGACUUCACUUCGACCACUGAGAACGAAUGGAUUGAAAAAUAUCGCUCUCUCUAUGCCACUCACGGCCAAUUGCUCAUCAAGGCCUUCCCUGGUGCCAAAGAUCUCCUGAUCGAACUCAAUGCCCACAGGAUCCCCAUUGCUAUUGUGAGCAACAAGGGUGUAGCCGCUGUGAAAACGGCCCUGGAGCGAAAUGGCCUAGAUGGCUACGUACCCGAAGAUUUAAUCAUCGGCGAUAAGACCCCCGGUGCAAAGCGCAAGCCGGAUCCGGCUAGCUUUAUGGAUGUUCUAGUUCCCGUCUUGCGGGAGAGAUAUGGGUUGCCGGAGAUUGACUCGGAGAAAGUGCUGGUGGUGGGCGAUACGGUGGCGGAUAUACAGUUCGCUCGGAAUAUCAAGAGCAAAGUAUGCUGGUGUCGAUAUGGCUACGGAGACCAGGAGGCUUGUGAGGAAUUGAAGCCGGAUUUUGUGGUGGAUUCUUUGGGGGAGGUUGUGGGGAUUGUAAAGGCUUGA